AUGAAAAGUCCUUCUUAUAAUCAAUCAGCUCAGUCCAAAUCCACUGCCCUCGACUUAGAACUUACUGCAUCCGAUUCUCAGGUGCCGAUGAUCCUCUUCGCCUCCACUGGCGUUCAGACGUCUUUACCAUCCUCUGAUUCUCCUCAGGCGAUUACGGGACAAAUCACUAGCAAAACAAAACUUCUAUACGACCAGGACCACUCUGCCUAUGAGGUCCCUUCUGAACGUGCAUCUACCUCGAUAGGUCUCGAAACUCGGGCGGAAGAAGUUUACUCUGAUCCAGUUAAAAGGAGACGAGAUAGCCAAAGCAGCGCAGGUUCAUCAAAAACAAAACUCUCUUCUGCAACCCAGGCAGCUCUUUCCUUGCCUAAAGAUUUGCUGAAUGAAGAAACCGCAUAUGAAAUAUAA